AUGGCUCUCAACAUCCCCGGAGUGUCCGUGAUGAUGCUCUUCUACCUGCUGGUGCUCGGCAUCGGCAUCUGGGCCUCCAUCAAGUCCAAGAGGGAGGCCAAGAAGGGCCACGGGGACAAAACGGAGAUGGCUCUGCUGGGCAACCGGGGCAUUAACCUGGUGGUCGGCAUCUUCACCAUGACAGCUACGUGGGUUGGAGGUGGGUUCAUCGUGGGCACGGCGGAGGCAGUGUACAACCCCUCCAUGGGUCUGAUCUGGGCCGUGAUGCCGAUCGCAGCCACCAUGUGCUUCAUCAUUGGUGGCCUCUUCUUCGCCGAGCCAAUGAGGAACAACAAAUACGUGACCAUGAUGGAUCCGUUCCAGAUCAAAUACGGAAAAGUACCGACAGCCGCUCUGUCGCUGGCGUCGCUUGUAUCGGAGAUUAUGUGGGUGACAGGGACACUCAUAGGAUUAGGUGUAACCAUGAGUGUGAUCCUGGAUUUGUCCUACACCGUCAGCAUCUGGAUCUCUGCUGCUGUCGCCAUCACCUACACUCUACUGGGAGGCCUCUACUCAGUGGCCUACACAGACAUCAUUCAGCUCAUCCUCAUUUUCAUCAGCUUGUGGCUGUGCGUCCCCUUCACUCUGAUCAACCCGGCUGUCUUGGACAUCACUGAGACAGCCUACAAUAAAACCUACCAGAAUCCGUGGGUCGGGACUCUGGAGGCCGACAGAGUCUGGAGGUGGAUUGAUAACUUUCUACUACUGGGUUUGGGGAACUUGGGUCUCCAGAACUUCCACCAGAGGACGCUGUCGGCCGCCUCCUCCAGCACAGCAAAGAUUACCUGCUUCGCCGCGGCGUUCAUCGUUCCCACGUUGGGAAUCCCACCCAUACUGCUCGGAGCGGCUGCUGCAUCGACAAACUGGAACUUGACCUCUUACGGUUCUCCGUCUCCCGUCGAACGUGGAGAGACGGGACUCGUCCUGCCCAUCGCCCUGCAGCACCUCACCCCCACCUACAUCUCCAUCAUCGGCAUCGGGGCGGUGGCGGCUGCCGUGAUGUCCUCAACCGACUCGGCUUUGCUUUCUGCAGCCUCCAUCUUCACCUCCAACAUCUACAAGAACAUCCUGAGGACACAGGCGUCCGAGCAGGAGAUCCAGUGGGUGAUCCGGGUGUCGGUGGUGGUGGUGGGCCUGGCCGGGACGUCGCUCACCUUCCUGGACAACAGCGUCCUGAUGAUCUGGUUGCUCCGCUCCGACCUCACCUACACCCUCAUGCUACCUCAGCUCGUCUGCGUCCUCUUCUUCAGGAUCUCCAACGGUUACGGGGCGGUUCUGGGCUGCGCCGUCGGCAUCCUGCUGAGGGUGCUGUGCGGCGAACCGCUGCUCGGGAUACCGACCAUUCUCAAAUUCCCAGGAUGCACUCUGGUGAAGGGCGUCUACGUCCAGCGUUCUCCCAUCAGGACCAUCUGCAUGCUCUCUGCCGUGGCAGCCAUCUUGCUGUUCUCCUACCUGGCGUCUGUUCUGUUCAGCAGGGGCCUGAUACCUGAGAAAUGGGAUGUUUUCAAUGUAAAAGCUCAGUAUUCAACACAAACACAAGGUGGCGCCAAAUCUGACUUCAAGGACCAGGACUUGAAAGAACAAAACGAGAACGAUGAAGUGUGCGAACCAAUGCUAGAACUUACAUGUUAAACCUCAUUUGAAGUAACAUUUUUAUACAUUUCACAUUACUUUGUUAUUUUUUAAAAAAAACAAAAACAAAUAAUGAGACACUUUUAAUUAUAGUACAGUAUAUUUUGAAUUUUUUGUAUAUUUUUAUAUGCAGCAUAAAAAGAAAAACAUCUCACCUACGCUCUUUGUUACAAGAGCUUAGCAGUUUCUCUGCAAUUUUAUGCAGCAGCGAUGCUUUUCAAGCGUUGUAGGAUAAGACGACGGACCCCCAACCGCACUGGCCGGAUGCUCAUAGUCAUUUUAUGGCUUUGACAGUUUGCAGGUUAAUCAUAGCUGUUUAGAACAGUUAGAGGUGCUGAUGUUUGGUUGAAUACUGAACCUUAAUUUCAAUAUUUCGUCAUCGCGGAGAAGAAGGACGGCUUCUCAACCACGUAUUAUAUACACGUCACUAUAUAAACACUAUAGAAAACAUGAUUGUAAACGAUAAAAUAAUCUGUGGUGUGCACUUUUCCUGCUAUUUAAAUUACUCACUUUGAUGCAGACUUACUGUGGCCCUAAUACAUGGGUGUAUUAUGUUGAAAAAAUGAACAAAAACACACUAAAAUAUGCUAUGAAUGAAUGUUACAGGACACAGAUUAGGAUCAGGACCAAAAAACACAAAUAGUUCUCUUUAAUUUCCAAAGACAAAUAUUUUAAAAAAUGCCUCUUAACACUGAGAGUCUGGCAGCUGUGCUCAUGAGGGAAUCUACCCACUCUGCUUCUAGUCCUGGUUGUACAACAGCUUUCAACAUUUAAAAAAAAAAACAACAGUUAAUAAGACUAAAAUAUGUUGAAAGUGACACAGGACCAGCAGUUUGGUUCAUACUGCCGACGUGCUGCACAACUGCCAAAUGCAUGAAUGUUAAAAAACAGCCUGCUGACCUGCUCUUUCAUGCUUUGAAGACCAACUGAUUUAAUUACGGCUUACACAAAACAGGCGACAUGAAAGCAAAGACGCUUCGGUGACCCUGAAAUUUGCAAUCAUGUAAUUAAUUUAAAAUAAAUCCACCAAUUCUGCCAUUUUUUUCUUUCACACACGGGCAUUAUUGUUGUAUUUUCCUUUAGUAUCCUUUCAGAUUUAUUCUUUGGCUGUGGUCAGUGUGAUUUUUUUAUUUUUUAUUUUUUUGCACUUGGAAUGCAGCAGCUGCAAAGUGAUGUGUCUUUUUUUUUUUUCAAGUGCUUUUUCACUUCUUUAGAAACUCACAAAAGGAUUACCUUAGAUAUUAAAAGGGAAGUUCUGGUAUUUAAUCAACCGUAAAUUUAAAUUUUAAGGCCCCAAAUCGACAUUUGGAUGAAGAGGUGUCGUGACAUAUUUUGAUAUUUUUUUAAAAAAAUGACAUUUUGAUGUCAUAAAAACACACAUACAAAGGUAUAAUUUUAACAUAGGCACAUAAAAGAGCUGCAGCUAUGGACUCUUUUUGCUUGUAUUUUGAGUUUAAAACAAAAAAAACACGACAAAGCUAAGUGAUUUUUUUCUAGAAUUGUCCCAACUAUUGCAAUAAAAUGGGGAUCUAUGUGAAGAUUAUUAUUCAAACCAGGAAUCAUGUCUCCUAUAAUUAACAAUUGAGUGAAAAUCAUGAAAAAAUGUAGGAAUAUUCUACUUUUUUGCCAUCUGCACCAUCUGUCUGUCCAAAUCUCUUGGAUACGAUAAUAAAAAUAAGGAUAGGCGGUUAUAAAAACACCAGAAUUUCCCUUUAAGCAUUUGGACAAUAUUAUAGAUGUGCUGCUUUAAAGGUAAAAAAAAAGAGAGACCUUACUACUUCAUAGUAAGAUGCAUUUAAAAAACAAAAACAACAACAAAAAAAACCACUCUUCUCUACUGACUGUAUAAAUAAUCACUUAAUGGGUUACUGUUUAACUGAAAUAACUAAGAUGGCUUCAAAUACAAUGAAUCUUGUGAAUAAUAUGUCUGAAAUGUAGCCGAACAUGGAUGUAAAAAAAAAGAAAAAAAAACCAAUGUUAGAAUUAAACAACUUGGUUCAAGCCCAAGGCGCUUCACCUGACUUCACAUGUCCUGCGAGCUUUGCUGUAAUAUGACACACACAAAUAACCUCGUCGAUAAUUCCACAUGGGAGCGCGUGGCAUGCCGGGACGAUGACAGAUGUCCCUCCCUCCCUCCCUCCCUCUGUCCUCCCCCUGUCCUCCCCCCUGUCCUCCCCGAUGUCAAGAGCGGAGAAACAAUAUAUCAGAGCGGUACUACAUGGUAUGAGGUAACAUCUCGCUCCUGACUUGUGUGAGCCAACAGCUCUGGUGGAACAAUCAUCCCACAGGACGCUCAGAUAAAGGUCUUCUAUAAUAAGACGAGCAAGUGUUGCUGUCAGAAGUACACAGGCCGCUUCCUGUGUCCUCUCAUGGAUAAGUCGGUGAUGAAGUUCAGAAUGGCAAGCCUGAAGCGCCGGAUAGUGACGGUGGAUUCAGACAAUAACAUGCCAAUAAUUCCGUCGUCCAAGUCCUACAUGAUAGAGGAUACUCUUGUUUCUUUGCCUGACUUUCUCUGCUGUUAAAUCAGAAAUUUAGGUCAGUCUGUUUUCACGCGUCUGAGCAGAACGGUUUAAUGUUUCAUGCCGUGUGUCUCAUCAGUCUGGCUGAUUAUCAUAACAAAUUCCCAGUAAAUUAAUUUUGAAAUGUGCUGCUUUGGGUCUGAUGCAGCCGCCUGCCUGUUAUCCGUUGUCACUCUGCGUUCUUGUCCCGCCCACAGCGCUGUCUGAUUGGUUACCAGUUAUAGCCAUUAAAAAAAAAACUGCAGGAUAAAUGUCAAAAGAUUUCUUUUAAUUAAACAUAUGUAAAACAUAAAUAAAGGCAUUUCAGCAAAA